UAUGAGCAGAGGGCAGGCUACUUCGGGGAUUUGAGCUGGUUAUUGUUUUGCUGAGAGCCAAGGCUGAGGAUGAAGAACUGGCACAUCGCUUUGAUCACCGGAAUCACCGGAGCUGUUGCCCUUGCCGUCGGACUCCUGAUCGGCCACUAUGCCAUCCUGAAGCAUGGCAACGCAGAACAGGGGCAUGACUCCAUUGGGGACAUUGACGAGUCCCUCAUCCAGCACUUCAUGAGCGAGAUUGACAACAAGCGGAUCGAGGACAACUUGAGGGAACUGUCUGAAAAGCCACAUAUGGCCACAACCAAAGGGGAUAUUGAUCUGGUCAAGUUGAUGUUAGACAGAUGGCAGAACAAAGAGACAGGUUUGGAUGAAGCAAAGAAGGUGACGUAUAAUGUGUGGUUGUCCUUUCCGCAGAAGGACAAACCUAACAGUGUUACUGUAGUUUUGCCAAAUGGGACGGAACUCUUCAAGUCGCAGAUGAAGGAGAAGAAUUACACCAAGGACCAGCUGGACCCAGACGUGGUGCAGCCCUUCGCAGCCUACGCUCCAGCAGGAACUCCCAAGGGCAGGCUAGUCUAUGCUAACUAUGGGACAAUGGAUGACUACCAGCAUUUGAACCAAACCAUUGACCUGAAAAACACAAUCGCUAUUGUUAAAUAUGGUGGUACUGGCCGGGGCAACAAGGGUAUAAAUGGUGCAAAGUUUGGGGUGACUGGAGUCAUCGUUUACACCGAUCCUGCUGAUAUAAACGACGGAAAGACCAGCGACAAAAAUGAAACCUACCCUCAUUCCUGGUACCUGCCCCCCUCUGGCGUUGAGCGCGGCUCCUACAAGCUCAAUUUUGGUGACCAGCUGACACCUUAUUACCCUGCCAAAGAUUAUACCUUCAGACAGGCUGAAUCUGAUGUCAAAGGUUUAUCACCCAUCCCUGCACAGCCCAUUGGGUUUGAAGAUGCACGUCAACUCAUCUGUGCACAGCCAAAAGUCCCCAUGGCUCAUAUUGAACCAACUGGUUUUGAGAUACCUGAACAGGGAAGAGAGGCACAGCUAAGAGAGGUGGGUGACCAGCUUGGGAUGAAUCUACAGAAUGAUCUGGAAUUUGGGAGAGAUAUAUCAAGGAAAAAUGGUGGCAACCAUGCUGAACGGUGUAACUCAAGGCUCUGUCACUGGGGCCACAAACAAGAUUCUCAGAAACUAACCGCAUGUUGCUUUGACUGCAGCGAGGUACAAGUCAACGUGUUCAACAAGCGGGAGGUAAAACCAUCAGACAAUGUGAUCGGAGUUAUCCGUGGGAGCGUAGAACCAGAUCGCUACGUAAUCUAUGGCAAUCACCGUGACAGUUGGGUCCAUGGUGCUAUCGACCCCAGUAGUGGCACUGCGGUCAUGUUGGAGAUCACCAGAGUCAUGGGCAAGAUGGUGAAGGAAGGCAAAUGGCGGCCACGCCGUUCAAUCAUUUUCGGCAGCUGGGGCGCGGAGGAGUUUGGUUUAAUCGGCUCCACAGAAUGGACCGAGGAAUACUACAAGAAACUGAUUGAGAGGACUGUGGGAUACAUCAACGUGGACAUUGCAGUGUUUGCCAAUGCCACCUUGAGAGCCAGUGGAUCCCCAGCGGUGCAGAGUGUGGUGUUUGACGCAGCUAAGCAGGUCUCAGCUCCUGGACACAGUGACCUGUCUGUCUAUGAAAACUGGAUGAAGCAUUCAAACCGAACAAGUGCUCUCCAUGGCCUCAUUCCAAACUUGGGGAGUCUGGGAGCAGGAAGUGACUAUGCACCCUUCUUCCAUUAUCUUGGGAUCAGCUCCAUGGACAUUGCUUACACAUACGACAAGACAAAAACAAAAGCUCGAAUCUACCCUGCUUACCACACAGGCUACGAUACUUUCGAUUAUGCUUCUCGUUUCAUUGACCCAGGUUUCACCAGCCACCAGACAGUCGGUAGGACAGCAGGCAAUGUCUUAAUGCGGCUGGCUGACAGUGUCAUCCUCCCUCUCAAUAUCAGAGACUACAGCGAGGCCAUCGACCAGCUCUACAACACAGCAGAGAGGGACUUCGCUCCAGAGCUCCUGAGGCAGAAUAUCUCCCUGGAUCCUCUACAUUCUGCCGUAAAGAAGCUAAAGGAAGCUGCUGAGGGUCUUCACACUCGAAUAUCUGAGCUGAGGGAUCAGCAAGUAAGACACGUCAUCUACGCGUCAAAGAAUUCAGAUGUGGAAACAUUUCCCGGACUAGCCGAUGCUUACCAGCGUGCCCUGGCCAAUGGAAAUGCCUGGGAUGAUGUUCGGAAGCACCUCACGGUAGUUACUUACACUCUGGAGAGUGCAGCCUCAACCCUGGAGGCUGUGAUCUAGCAGGCAUCUCUAGGCAACCUUUCAUUGAAACCAAGUAACCACAAUAAAAAAAUGAUGCGUUUA